AUGGAGAUGUUUAAAAAACUGCAGAUUAGUAUUCCUUUCUCUGAAGCAUUGCAACAGAUGUUAUCCUAUGCAAAUUUUUUGAAGGAACUCCUUACAAAGAAACGAAAAUAUAUUGAAAAGGAGACCAUUGAAGUGCAAGGUAACUACAGCGCAAUCAUACAACAAUUACCUCCUAUGUUUAAAGAUCCAGGGACCUUCAUUAUUCCUUGCACCAUAGGAGAGUUGGAAGUCAGAAGGGCAUUGAUUGAUUUACGAGCUAACAUUAAUCUGAUGCCGCUUUCUAUGUUUAAAAGAAUUGAGGGGUUGGAACUCAAACCUACGCAAAUGACACUCCAAUUGGCGGACAUGUCUCUUAAAUACCCUUAUGGGGUAGUUGAAGAUGUGCUAGUAAAGGUUGACAAAUUUGUAUUUCAAGUGGAUUUUGUUAUAAUGGAGAUGUACCUCUCAUUCUUGGGAGACCAUUUAUGA